CAACGUGGGGCGGGACGGAAGCCUCUUUGGGUCAGACUGCGGGGACGCGGGAAGUCCGGACGCCGUAGCGGCCUGAAGAAGACGCUUGGGACGGAGGUGCGGGCGCCGGUGGCGGCAAUGGCGGAGAGGCCCGAGGACCUAAACCUGCCCAAUGCCGUCAUCACCAGGAUCAUCAAGGAGGCGCUCCCGGACGGUGUCAACAUCUCCAAGGAGGCCCGCAGCGCCAUCUCCCGCGCCGCCAGCGUCUUCGUGCUGUACGCCACUUCCUGCGCCAACAACUUUGCGAUGAAAGGGAAACGCAAGACACUGAAUGCCAGUGACGUGCUCUCAGCCAUGGAAGAGAUGGAGUUCCAGCGGUUCGUUACCCCAUUGAAAGAAGCUCUGGAAGCCUACAGGCGGGAGCAGAAAGGCAAGAAGGAAGCUUCAGAGCAAAAGAAGAAGGACAAAGACAAAAAAACAGAUUCGGAAGAGCAAGACAAGAGCAGGGAUGAGGACAACGAUGAAGACGAGGACAGGCUGGAAGAAGAAGAGCCGAAUGAGGAGGAGGAAGUGGACAACUAACGGGAUGGGAAGACUGUGGCACGCUGGAAAGUACCACCCUGACAUGUGGUACAUUUGUGAGAAGCAGCUUUUCCCUGCUGGGCAGAGUAGUCUUAGCCAGAAAAGCCUGAGAAGAUCAAAAUAAAAACUGACGACUGAAUCAUCAUCAAAACCAGCACUUCCGUCAGAGCAUCUGAGUAGCAGGGUCCUGUGUUGCUAAAUCAGUCUGAAGGUAAUGACUUUUAGGCGAGAGGGAUUCUGGGCGGCUAAUGUAAUUAGUCGAUCUGAUCUCUCCUGUUUCCUUACAUACGUGGUUAGGCAGUUUUUGAUCCCCAGUUCCCUUCUGACCCCACCCCCAAAAAAGUAAUAAUAACUUCCAUGCUGCCUGCUGUGUUCCAGAUCACAGAGGCAGUCAAAGCUCAGGAAAAAUUGGGGCUUUGAGCAUGGUCAGCCGGUUGUGACUGUACAGGAUAUGGCAAUACUAGCUUAUUAUUACAAGUGGUUAGAAUGGUUUAGCUUUAGGAAAGUACUAAAAGACUAUAGGAGAAUAAUGAAAUCUGUUGUCUCUUCACUUUAAGGUAACAUUGAAUUUUGAUUUCCACAGACCCCACUGGCUUGCAGCCCCUCUAUAUUGCCUGGUAGGCAUUUGGCCUGCUGGGGUGGCUGCUCUCUGGCCUCAUAAGCUUUUAAAGCAGCAGUGUAGAGUGGAGUUAGUCAAGCAAGUGUGCUAAUAUCUUACUCUUACCAAAACAAACAGAAAAACCCCACAAAAACAAAAUGGGAAAAAAACACAGAUGGUUUAGUCUUAGUUGCACCUCGCUGCCUGCCACUGUAUCGCUUUAUCGUCACCUCCUGGAAGGUAUAAAAUUCCAGGCUUUCUCUUCUUGUAGUCCAUUUCCCAAGCUUGUGGCUUUAAUUUUUUCAUCCUUCCAAUUCCUGACGAGUUCCAAACUUUCUUCUAUGCACAUUUGGUCCCUCUGUGCUUCUCCCUUCCUGUCUCUCUUCUGCCUCUCUUCUGUUCCCCAUUCCACUUUCUCUCUUCCUCCUUUUCUCACAUCUGCCAACCCAGAAACUUUGAUAACCUGCUUAAAGGGCAGAAAUUUGAUGGUGCUCAGGAAUCUAAUCCCCACCCCCAAAAGCCAACCCCUUUAACUGCUUCUAAAGUAACUCUGUUAAUCUUAUUUUUUUUUCCCUUGACAUGUGGUGCCCCAAGCACUUUUUUGUUUGUCUCUAAGUUGAGCGCUUGGAGGUUGACAGGUAGUGAGGUGUAUGUAGUUUGACACUGUUAAUUUGUUAAACGAAUACAGCCAAAAGUUUGUUGACAACUGAGUGAAGACUAUUGAGGAAAAUUAUAAUGCUUUGUAUAAAUAAAGAACAUUCUUGUUAAAAGUGGUGACUCCCUUUCAUCCUGCUUGUUUAUAGUAUGCUUUUGGGGAGGACCCACUGAUCCUGCCUCAAAGAGUUCUUGACAUGUGGACCCGCCCAGAUCUUUGUAAACACGGGAUCCUGCGUUACCUUGGAUGGCCAGCAGAUGCUGCUCUUCGACCACAACAAGAGGUUUUCAUGGCUCUGCUGGGCAACCUAUGCGUACUAGUUGCUCAAUGACUCAACAUUUAUGGAGUCCCUACUAUGAGGCUGGCACCGUUCUAAAUGCUUUCAAGUAUAAACUCUGAAACUCUAUCAAGGAGAGCUAUUACCUUUGUGAUCUCAGCCACAACGCUAUAUUCUCUAAUGUACAGAACUUUUUAAAUCAUGAAUUUAUAAAUAACAUUUCAUAAAGGUACAACCCCGGUAGUCACUAGAUCUGGUGGUUUUUCCUUUUCCACAAAAGAAACAUCCUUUCUUAACUCCCAUGAGCACCACUCAGCUAAACUCUCAAGUCCCAUCUGGACUCCUGUGGCUUCCUUUGAGCUCAGUUUUUUGCCUCAUCUCUGCUUGCCCUAGCUUCUGUGUACUGCUUGCCAAGUGGAUCUUCCUGGAACAUAGCUGUAUUCCAGCCCCUCACUGCGUCCCGUUAAAUCCAUACUUAAACCUGGUACACAAAACCUGCUUAAGGAGGGAUUGCCUUACCAUCUAUUCCAAUCCAUUUCUACUUUAUUGUGUAAGUCUCCGGUCAUUGAAUCCCCAAAAGAACUCUCCUUGCACAUGGUUUUAGUUAGCACAUUUUGACUACCUAAGCCAUGUUUCCUGAGAGCGGGAACUAUGACUUAAAACUACAGAAGUGGGGCCUAGCGGACUCGGUUGGUAGAAUAUGUGAGUCUUGACCUCAGGAUAGUGAGUUCAAGCCCCGUGCUGGGUGUAGAGAUUACUUAAAAGAACUGGGAAGAAUCUGAGGUUAUCAACCAGUUUUUUCCAAGCACACCCUAAUCAUUCCUGUAGGGGUAUCCGAAUUUUGAAGGUUGCUUACUAGGUUAAGGCAAAAAUCUCAUCUUUUGUAAGCCACCUCCCUUCAUGCCUAGAGAUUCUGAUCUGGAUUUGGAGGGUGAAAGGUUUUCAUCCUUACCCAGGUAAAAUCGCAUUUGCAGGGACAUCUAGCGGGCUCAGUCAGUGGCACGUGCGACUCUUGAUCUUGGGGUUGUAAGUUCAAGCCCAUAUUGGGUGUAGAGAUUACUUAAAAAAUAAAAUCAAAUCAGGGUACCUGUGUGACUGGGUCAGUUAAGCCUUUGACUCUUGAUAUUGACUCAGGUUCCUAUCUAGCCCCAGGUGGAGCACCUGCUGAGUGUGGAGACUGCUUGGGAUCCUCUCUCUUCCUCUCUGUCCCCAUCCCCAGCUCGUUCUCACUCUCUCUCAAAAAUAAACUUAAAAAUCGUUUAAAAAUUACUUUUGCAGCCUAAUUCUAUUUUUGCUGAUGGGAAAUGGAGGCUCAUCAGAGAGAAGUGACUUGCUUAAGAUCUUAUCACUAAUUUAUGAAAGCUAGGAUCCUGUUCUAGUGGUCCAUGGCCUUCUAUUUCUCUUUUUUUCUUUAAUUAACUUUUUAUUUUAGAACAAUUUUAGUUUUCAGAAAAGUUGCAGAGUGCAGAGUUCCCAUAUAAUCACCCAACUUUGCCUCAUGUUGACAUCUUACAUAACCAUGGUACCUUUGUCAAAACAGAAAAAUACCAAAUACCAAACUAUUCGUAUUUCACCACUUUUUCCACUAAAGGCCUUUUUUGAUCCAGGAUCCAUUCCAGAAUACUACAUUGCAUUCAAUGAACCAAUUUUAUCUUUCAGUUGAGAUGAGACUCACAGAACAUAACGUUAAUCAUUUUUAAAUGACCAAUUCACUGGCAUUUAGCACACUCACUGUGUUGUGCAACCACCACUUCUGUCUAGCUCCAAAACGUUUUCAUCACCCCAAAAUAAAACCCUGCACCUAUUAAGCAGUUAUUUGCUCAUGCUUCCCUCCCUCCAGUCCCCAGCAACCACUAAUCUCUUGCUAGCACUUGACAGCAUUUAGCACCAUGCCUUGUACCUCCCUGGGAAGUACUCACAAUAGUAGGUUUUGAGGGGUUUGUGGGAUUUUUUUUAUUAUUUUUUAUUGAAGUAUAAUAUGCCUACUAAAUGGUGCAGAUAAAUGUAAAUGUAAAGUUGGAUGAACUUGCACAAACACAUCCAUGUAACUUGCACUCAGAUCAGUAAACAACAUGACCGGCACCCUAAUAAACCCCUUUGGUCUCCCUUCCAGUCGCUCUCCUCCUCAAUUGUAAUCAUUAUCCUAACUUCUAACAGCACAAGUGAAUUUUGCCUGGUUUGUAUUUUAUAUAAAUGAAAUCAUACAAUAUGUA